UUUCCUAAUUGAGAGGCUGGUGUGCAGGAGUGAGCUGGUCAAGAUGCAGCAGGUACCCCAGAGCAGCAGGCUUGUCCUAGCUCUGACCUUCAUUCUGGUUAUGGGAUCUUCAGUUCAAGGUUAUCCCAUGCGGAGAGCCAGGUACCAGUGGGUACGCUGCAGUCCCAACAGUAUCUCUGCAAACUGCAUUGAGGAGAAGAGACCACUGUUCGACCUCAGUACAGAUGGAUCCAACCACAUCCGCCCUCCAAUGACAGAUCCUAUUUUAAUGAGAAGAUCCCAGGACUGGAAUGAUGUCUUCCCUAUUUCUGAAGAGUACUCUGGAUCAGGCUCCGGCUCUCCAUCUGGCUCUGGCUCUGGUUCAGGCUCUGGUUCUGGCUCAGAAUCUGGAAGUGGCUUCCUAGCUAACAUGGAAUGGGGAUACCAGCCAGUAGAUGAAAAUGAUGUUUUCUAUUACAACUUAAGGUCUCUUGAGAGGAAGCUCCCCAUGCAAAACCAAGAACAAGCAAAAGAUGGUUUUAUUGCGUGAAAGUGACCUUUCCCCACCUUGGCAUUGAACACUGUAACCAGAAUAUUUUGUGUACCAUGUUUAAAUGAUUAGUCUUGGGAUAAAGAGUUUUACAGAAAAUUUUAAUACGUGGAACAAAUCUUGAACCCUAUCACCCUUUUAUUCUCAUUAAUUCUUAAAGAAGUAUGUGCUAUUGCUGUUAUCUAUCUUAUUGUUCUGGGAAUACCUACAUUUUUAUAUCACUGUAUCAACCUCAUUAUGAAAUUAACUUAGACUCCAGUUAUUAAAUAGUAACUUUUAAAAGUCAUGCUGUUUUUGAAAAAUUCAAUUUGAACAGCAAAAUGAUGGGCAAUAUUUUAUACCUAAGUGUUCAGGAACAAGGACUCUGAUUGUGAAUUACAGAUAAACCCUGUUUUGCUUUAAACUAAACUAAAAUAAAACCAGUGACCUUCUACAGUGGUUAUGUGA